AUGCAAAAUGAGACUCUUCGUGUUUUGGGAAGUAACCCGUUCGAAGAUAUAACGGCUAAAACGCGCCUACGACAACUUUUACAAACACAUCAGGGUAGGGAUAAACUGUUUAAAGUUGUUCAAUACUUUCUUAGGGUGAAACUAUGGAUGAGUUCGGUGGAUUACAAUCUUGAUUAUGUUCCUGGUGCGGAGUUUACUGCCGUUGAAAGAAAUUUAAUGACAAUUGUGAACACUCGAAGACUAUUUCGAGUGGGACGUUUUGUUGGAGAAUUUGUAAGAAUGAGAGUAACCUUAAUUAAAUGUUCAGAGUUAGUGUACAUUCCUGUUAAUGGUGGACAAUGGAUUGCCCUUUUUAUCCAGUGUCAAAUGAUUUGUGAUAUGAUUGCCCGAGCACUAAUGUGCGUUAAAUCGUUAUGUGAGGAUGUAGCUUUCCUUGCGCAAAAGGGUUUCUUUAACAGCCAAGUGUCUGAUCAGCUUAUCAGUUUAGCUGUCCGGUGUACGCUUCCUGUUUUGCUUAUUGAUCUAUUCUUGAAUACACUUCGUCUUUUGCAGGGAAUGUUAGAUGCGUCACGACAGCCAACAGAAACAGAAUUCUUGCUUUCUAAGGACUCCUUCUCUCUGUUGUCUAGAUAUGAUCGUGUUGAUAAACUACGACGACGAAUGGCCAAACCAAAUAUUAUAAAUAAAAUGAAAGAAACGAAAAAUGAAUCCCAGAUGAUAGAAGAAAAUGGAGAAGAAGAAGUAGUGGAAGCAAAUGAUGUCUUGGUGAGCUCCUACCAAGAGCUACUAUGGAAGGAUUUUGAGCUGCAUUGGAUUUUUGUAACCGAGUUAAAGUUGCUGCUUGACCUUUUUGUUGCCACGUCAAAUCUAAGAAGAUGGGACAGUGUCCGUGGUCUCGUCAGUAUAGCAGGUUUAUUUUCUGGACUUUUGUCCGUCUAUCGUGUCUGGACCUACGGACGCUAA